GCCAUGAAGGAGCUCCCAGCUGAGCCUAAGGACCAGCAGCUCAUGGUAGCUCUCCGGAUCCGCCCAAUUAAUGACACUGAGUUGGAUGAGGGAGCUGCAGUCAUUGCCCACAAAGUGGGUGAUCAGAUGGUGGUGCUUAUGGACCCAGAUGAGGAUCCAGAUGAUGCUUUGAGAGCCAAUCGUUCCCGUGAAAAGACAUUUAUAUUUGAUAUUGUUUUUGAUCAGCAAGCUUCCCAGGAGGAGGUGUACUGUUCCACAACUCAACACUUAGUGGAAGGAGUCAUUUCUGGAUACAAUGCAACAGUCUUUGCAUAUGGCCCAUCAGGUGCUGGUAAAACUUACACCAUGCUGGGGAUGGACUCUGAGCCUGGGAUCUAUCUCCAGACAUUGAACGAUCUAUUUCAGGCUAUUGAAGAGACUAGUGAUGACAUGGAAUACACAGUUUCCAUGUCCUACCUGGAGAUUUAUAAUGAAGUAAUCCGUGAUCUCCUGAAUCCAUCUUUAGGAUUUCUGGAGCUGAGAGAAGAUUCCAAAGGAAGCAUCCAGAUAGCGGGAAUUACUGAGGUCUCUACCACAAAUGCCCAAGAGAUCAUGCAGCUGUUAAUUAAAGGGAACAAGCAGAGGACUCAGGAACCCACAGCAGCCAACAAGACUUCUUCCCGUUCCCAUGCCGUGCUACAAGUUACCGUGAGGCAAAGAAGUCGGCUGAAGGAUCUUUCUGAGGAAGUUCGAGUGGGGAAGCUUUUUAUGGUUGAUUUGGCAGGAUCAGAGAGAGCAUCCCAGACACAGAAUCGAGGCAAGAGAAUGAAGGAGGGAGCUCAUAUCAACCGUUCUCUGUUGGCUCUUGGCAACUGCAUCAAUGCACUGAGUGAAAAGGGGGGGAGCCGUUCUCAGUAUGUCAAUUUUCGGGACAGCAAACUCACACGCUUGUUGAAGGAUGCCUUAGGAGGGAAUAGCAGAACUGUGAUGAUUGCCCACAUCAGCCCUGCUAGCACUUACUUUGAAGAAUCCCGGACAACCUUGAUUUAUGCCUAUAGAGCAAAAAAUAUUAAGACAAGGGUUAAACGUAAUCUACUGAAUGUCUCCUAUCAUAUCGCCCAGUAUACUGACAUAAUUUCAGAUCUACGCAGAGAGAUAGAACAUCUGAAAUCAAAAAUUGAAAAGCAAGAAAAGGAGAAGAAAAAUGGACCCGAUAUCAGAGAUGUGCAAGCAGAAGCUCAUCAUGACUCAGAGGAAGAUAGCCGGAUACAGAUGAAUAAGAUUCGGGGACAAUUGAUCGGUGCAUUCAAGGAGCAAAUGGAAAUGAGACGGAGCCUUAUGGAAUUAGAAAACACAAAUAUUGAGCUGCAUAUUGAUACCUCCCGACACCUCUUGACAAUAGCAGACUGGGAACGAGAAAAGGCCCAUCUGGCUCACAAGGAGAAGGAUGAUGAAAACGUGGAGGCUGAUGGUGAAGAAGAGGGAGAGUCCAAUGAACCUCACGAAGUUUCUGUAGCCAGAGAGGAGAUCAACAUGCUCUUAAUGGAACAACGGAAAACGGCAGCCCUAAAGGCUGGGCUGGAGCAACGCUUAGCAAACACUAAGAAGAAAGCUUCCCAGAUGGAGAAAUUGUUACCCAAACAAAUAAUUAACAAGGACCAGAGGGAGGUAUUGAGGCUUCUCUGUAAAGCCCAUGAGCUAGAGGUGGAGAAUACAGAGCUGCAGGCAAACAACUUGUACCAGAAGAACCUUCUGUGCCAGAAGGAUUUCGUGAUUCAGAGGUACCAUCAGCACCGGCUUCUCUGUGAGGAAAUCAUCCAGCAGCAGCGGGAGCUGAUAAAGGGUAAUUGGAUCCCUGUUGCAGAGCCAUUGGAAAAGCGUUAUCGACUAUACUCUCAAGAAUUAGAGGAGGGGACUCUAAACCGUCUACUUCUGCUCCAUUCAGUGAUGUUUAACUCCCUCAGGGAUGGCUCUGAUCUGAAUAUAGCUCAACAGGCGGAACUGCAUAAAGAGGAUACCAGCAGAGACCAGCUUGAUAAUAGGAAAGACCUUCCUUGGGGAGCAAAAUUUGAACUUCCACCUAUCGUCAUAGAGCCAGACAGUGAAGGUUACAAGUCAUCAAAAGUCACUCCAUCUAAAAAACCAGGAAAGAGAGAUUCUCUUCUCACUCCCACUUCCUUUCGCCUCCUGAUAACUCCUCCAGUUCAUGAGAAACCCAGUUCUCUCAGCAUGAAAAAGAUGGUUUCCAAGUUGUGUUCUCCCACCAGUCUGGAUUUAAACAUGAAAAAAUCAAGUGAGGAUGUAUCUGCCACCUCACUGAGUGCAGAGGCCUUGAAAGAGAUGGCAGUGAGCACGAAGAGCAUCUCUCUGAUUGCGGCCAGCAGGCGUUCCAAGACCCAUGACCAUGAAGGCGGAAGCAGCCUCUCCACAAUGAAAGCCCAGGCUGACAGGAGGCAAUUGCAUUCUAGUCCUAGGAGGGGAAGACAGAGAAACAGCUCCUUGGAGAGGAAAGCCAAGAAGAAAAGAUCCCCCUCCGGAAUUAGAAAUGCCCAAAUGGGCACUGAGAAGCUCCCAAUUCCCAUGAUAGACCACCCUUCUGAAAAUCAGUUACCCCAAACUCACCUCACGCAGCAUUCUAAGGCCACUAAAACCCUGUUUCCUGCAGUUCCUGCAGCCACCAAGACCAAAUUUCCCACCAAUCUCCAUGCAGAUGAAAACACACUGCAGGUACCUGAAAUCAGCUUCACUUUUCCCAGUGCCAUCUGGCAGUGCAAUCCAGGACAAAAUCGAAGACAGAGCCUCCCCAGAGAAGUCAAAGGAAAUCUUCGGCAACCUCUGGUGGGCUACAGUUAUUGGUACCAAAAAAUCAAUCAGCAGUUGGUAGAGUAA